GGGUCAACAACUUUUCAGUUUUCACACGUUUGUGUUUUCUAUUAAAACCCUGAACUUAGAUUCAUAAACAUCAAUCAUAAUUGAAUUUGUUUGGCAAGAUAAUUUGUAAGUGAUGGAUAAUCAUAAUAAUAUUCUUGGUCUUCUUAAACUUAGGAUUAAAAGAGGUAUUAAUCUUGCAAUUCGUGAUGCUAAAUCCAGCGAUCCUUAUGUUGUUGUCAACAUGGGUGAACAGAAAUUGAAGACUCGUGUAGUGAAAAACAAUUGCAACCCUGAGUGGAAUGAAGAAUUAACCCUUUCAGUAAGGGAUGUUAAAACUCCUAUACAUUUGACAGUUUUCGACAAAGAUACUUUCUCCGUAGACGAUAAAAUGGGUGAUGCAGAUGUAGACUUGAAACCAUAUGUACAAUCUGUACAAAUGAGGUUGGACAAACUUCCAAAUGGUUGUGCAGUUAAGAGGAUUCAAGCAAAUAGGACUAACUGCCUUGCUGAAGAGAGCAGUUGUAUUUAUAAAAAUGGAAAAAUCAUCCAAGAAAUGAUUCUACGAUUAAGAAAUGUCGAGAGUGGGGAAUUGGUUGUUGAAAUCGAGUGGGUGGACGUCGCAGGUUGCAAAGGCCUAUUAGGGGUACAAAUUUAAGUUGUCUCCCUUUCAACAACAAUAAAACAAAUCUUAUUGCACGUGAAUGAGGACGAAUGCAUGAAUCAAACUACGCUAUAAUAUUCUAUCAUAAAUUAUAUCAAGUCUUAGACUUCAUAUAAGCUAGCUUGAGCUUUAUGCAAUGAUAAAAUGCAAUGUAAUAUAUAGCGACUGCUCUGUAAUUUAUAUAGAAGUUAGUAAAUUGUGGUUGCGGAAAUAUUUAUUCCCUGGUGUAUUCUAGGUUUUUGUAUAUUGUUGUGCAAUGUUGUGAUUAAUUCACACUGCGAUAACUGAAAUCUGUAACACAACAUCUGUAACAGACGAAAUUGCGAAAUUCUUAAUACAACCGCGACUGCUAUUUAAAA